GCGCUCGAGGGAGCGUUGCAGGCUGCAGAACAACGGGUGCAGGCUGCAGAGGAGCGCGCCCUGGCGGCGGAGUCAGCAGCAGCGAGCGCAGGCGCCGCCGCGAGCAGGCCCGUGGCAGCGGCGAGGGCCGCGCCUCAGGAUCUGGUGGACACUCGGCUUCUGGCGAAGCCGAAGGCGUUCGGAGGCAACGAGGACGAGUGGCCAGGGUGGAGCUUCAAGAUGCUCGCAUACCUCGGAGCUCUCGACGAGCAGAUGGCCAACGAGCUGACGGCGGCCAUGACGUUCCCGCUGGAGGAAGUGAGGAACGCGAGACUCCUGGAGGAGGGAGCGAGUCAGCGCAGUCGCCAGCUGUACUUCAUCCUCGUCCUGCUGCUGGAAGGAGCCGCACUACAGCUCAUCAAGCCAGUCGGCGUCGGAGAAGGGUAUCGGGCGUGGAGGACGUUGCAAGACAUGUACGAGCCCGACAGACCAGGUCGCCAUGCAGGACUGCUGCAAGAGCUGAUCGCGUUCCAGUUCCCAGAGGACAACAUCGUGGGGAUGCUGGCGGACUUCGACUUCAAAGUCACGAAGUACGAGAGCCAGAGCCACGAGAGGAUUGGGGACAGGAUCAAGAUGGCGAUCCUUCAGCGGGGGAUUCAGGACGAGGCUCUUCGAGCGCACCUGGUCCACAACGCGUCGAGGCUAGUCACGUGGGAGCUCAUGCGCAACGAAGUGCACAUGGUGAUCUCGACGAGGAGCGCCAUCUCAGCAGUGCCGCCACCAGUUCCGAUGGACACGAGCGCGGUGGAGAAGGCGAGGCGCGAGGCGGCGUGGAAGGGCAAAGGAAAGAAGGGCAAGGAAGGCAAGGGCAGGAAGGGCAAGGGCGACGACAACUCCACGGACCAGAAGAGCCAGGCGGCCAAGGACAGGGCCGAGAAACGAUGCUUCCACUGCCACAAGACAGGUCACGUCAAGAGCGAGUGCAGGAAGUUCCUCGCAGAGCAGAAGAAGAAGAAGGGCACCAACGCAGUCGAGCAGGAGUCGAAGCCGACGGGAGCUCCACCAGCGGCGAGCGCCGCGGGGCGGCCAUCCUUGGUCGGAGCCAGCCCGAUCGAGCGGCUGAGCCCGCCAGAGGCGUCAAACGAGCACGCGCAGCCGAGGCAGCCAUUCUUGGUCGGGGCCAGCCCGAUCGAGCAGCUGAGUCACCCAGGGGCAGCAAACGAGCACGAGACGUUCGAGAGCAAGGAGAUCAUCGGUAUCAAUGAGCACUGGGUCAUGGUGGAUUCGGGUGCUGCGCGAUCGGUGUGUCCGCCGAGUCACGGGGCCCACGAGACACUCAGAGACCUGAGCGAGCGCAUCAGGCUGGUCGGAGCGAGCGGCGACGACAUCCCGUGCCACGGCGAGCGCUUCGUCACGUACGCGAAGGGCGGGCACAAGAUCGGGGUGGACUACAAGGUCGCCGACGUCAAGAGGCCGGUGCUGGGCGUGUCGCAGGCGGUCGACAAGGGCACGUCGUGGGUAUUCACGCCGAGCGGGAGCUACAUGAUCCCGAAGCCGAUCGAGUUCUCGGACCCAGACGCCGUGCCGCUGGUCAGACGCAACGACUUGUUCUACCUCAAGAUGGACAGGUACGGUGAAGGCGUCAAGAACUCGCUCGUCAUGCCGGUGCGGGGCGAGGCCGAGGCGAGCGAGCCAGCAGCGCAGGCAGUGCUCGAGGAGUCCGUGCCAGUUCGAGUCAAGAAGGAUCCAGUGAAGCCAAGCCUGGCCGAGCAGAGGACGCACGAGCUGGUGCACAUCCCUGCGAGGUCCUGGUGUUGGGUGUGCGUCAGAUCCAAGUUCACGGACGACCCGCACUACAAGGACGGGCACGAGCGCACAGGCGACGAGGUCCAGAUCGACUACUACUUCCUGGGCCAGCUGAGCAUCCUCAACAUGGUGCAUAUGAACUCCCAGGCUAUUCAUGGCAUCAUGGGGCCGAAGGGUACCGACGCCUACAUGGUCAAGACAGCGGUCGCCACCAUCGAGAACUGGGGGCUGGAUCGCAUCGUGCUGAAGCACGACCAGGAGGCGUCGAUCACGGCCCUGGCGAGGGAGAUCAAGGCUCAGCGGAAGGCGCCCACGAUGAUCGAGUCGGCUCAGCGGGCUAACCAUCAGGGAGUUGGUGGAGUGGAGCGCGCCAACGAGGAGCUCGGCAAGCAGAUCAGGGCGCUACUGUUCUCGGUGGGUGACAACUACAAGCGGGAGCUCCCAGCCGAGCAUGGGCUUCUGCCUUGGCUCAUUCGGCACGCUGGCUGGCAGCUCAACCGCUUCACGGUGCACGGCAACGGCAAGACGACCUACGAGGUGGAGCCGAACCAGCAGCGGCUGCUGCCGCCACCUCCGCCACCGACAGUGGUCUUACCAGCCGCGGGCCCGGAGGCGCUGGUGCCACCAGCGAUGGUCGGGCCGGCGCCGCCUACGGGGCCAGGAGGCGCAGGGCUGAGGUCGACGUACAUCACGAGAGCGCUGAUCGACAAGUACGGCUGGACCCCCAUGUGCCCGAGGUGCGUCACAGGCAUGGGAUCGCACAGCGAGGAGUGCCGGAAGAGGAUCGAGAACGAGCUGCGCAAGGAGGAAAUGGCCAGGGCAGCGGCGGAGGCCGCGCCCUCGUCGGCAGCGGCGGGGGCUGCGCCGACGCCGGCGGCGGCGGGAGCCGCGCCGGGGCCAGCGGCUGGAGCUGGAGACGGCAGGCCAGGAUCGUCCGGGGACGCCAGCAUGGCACCUCGUGACGACCAGGGCGAGGCGUCGGCGAAGAGGCCGCGCCAGACAGCGGCGAUCACAGUCGGGUCGCUCGCGGUCGGGGCCUUCGUGGAGAUCAACCCCUGCACGUACGAGGGCCUGGACCAGCAGUCCCACGAGGAGCUCGAGACGGUCACGGAAAUCGAGAGCUGCGAGCCGUUGGAGAUUGGGAUGUUCGAGGUCAGCCCCGUCGAGCCGUCGGCGAUCACGGUCCUGCCAGACACGGAGAAGCACGUGUACGACGCGAGGAGCGGGAAGGAGCUCCCCAGGGACCUGGUCAGGCGCGGGCGCGAGGCCGAGAUCGAGGAGAUGCGGCGACACGGCGUCUUCGAGGAGGUCCGCGUGGCCGAGAGCCGGGGCAAG